GUCUUACCCGCGUUCAAGUCUCGUUUGUGAAGACAGGAGGAAGACAUCAUCAUCUUCCGUUUUUUCAACUCCGAUCCACGAGCUUUGUGUUCGUGUUUCUCCUCGGUUGUGGAAGAGUGCAGCUAGUUCUGAAAGGAUUUUACUGCUGUCAAUUUUCUGGACAACCAACCAUGACCAUGGAAAUUGAUCAAAAGUUGUUUGUCAAGCUGAAAAAUUCUUUACCUCCGGAACUCUUUGAGCGCAGCGAAGCUCGCUUCUUGCUCAAUACCCUCCGUGCUUGCUUCUUGUGGUUCGCCGCUGCGUAUGUGGCAGCCAAGUUCAUUCCAACAAGCCUGGGAUGGUGGGCUUUGCCACUGUGGAUAGUCUAUGCUGUUGUGAACGGCACGUUCGGUUUUGGAAUCUGGGUGCUUGCCCAUGAGUGCGGCCACGGAGCUUUCUCGAAGAGCAACUUUCUGAACGACCUUCUGGGAUACCCUCUGCAUACCUUCCUGCUCGUGCCCUAUUUCUCCUGGCAGUACAGCCAUUCCGUGCACCAUGCCAGAACUAACCACUUGACCGAGGGGGAGAGCUUUGUGCCAACCGUAUUUGGUACCAGGGGGGAGCAAUGGAAGAAUAAAUGGCGUCGUGUUGUCGGUGACGACGUGUUCAGCCUGUUCCACAACUUCUACUUUGUUUUGUUUGGCUGGCCUCAAUACCUUCUGACUGGUGUGUCCGGCGGCCCUGGUCGUGGUCGCACCAAUCACUUCGUGCCAGGCGAGAGUAACAAGCUCUUCCCCAAGAACUGGUGGCCAAAGAUCUGGGCAUCCACAGCUGGCAUUCUGUUCGUGGUGGGCAGCGUGUUGUACCUGUCCGAGCAGUAUGGGUAUGGGCGCAUGGCUGGCCUGUUCUGGGCCCCGCACCUGGUGACCAAUGCUUGGUUGGUUGUGUACACCUAUCUGCAUCACACCGAUGAUGGUGCUCCGCAUUACGAUGAGACGACCUGGAACUUCACCAAGGGCGCGUUGUGCACCAUCGAGCGUAACUACCCCGACUUUAUCAACUGGCUGCACUUCGGUAUUGGCAACACGCAUGUUGUGCAUCACCUCUUCUCACAGCUGCCCCACUACAAUGCCUGGAAGGCCAGGCAGAUCCUGGAGCCCAUGUACAAGGAUCUGUACCGCGUCGACAAGCGCCCUGUCUGGCAAGCACUGCACGAGAACGCUGUUCGCUGUGUGUCAGUGCGUGAAGACCCCGAUGCCAAGGGUGAGUGGAAGUACACGUCCGAGCCCUCGGCCAGCCAAUAAGCAUCAACAGUGUAUCUAGCCACAGCGGAGUGAUUUGACCGCUUAUCUGGUCACUAAGUGCCAGGGUAUGGAGCCUGGGUGGGCCUGUAUGGGAUUGCCAGGUAUGUGUUACAUCUGUGCUGCACGCUGGCUCUGUGAACCUUCGGUUUGUGAAACCGUUCAUGCCUGCGUCCGGUGUAGUCCUCAGCAUUGUUAGCACGGCGUACCACCUUCACCCCGGAUUACUUGUCCCCAGGAGUUGCUCUUUCCAGACAAAAGGACAUGACAUUGUUAGCUUUGCAGGCUCUACUAUGCACACGUGGCACUGUCUCCACUAUCACCAGUGGCAGUGGUGGAAGGUACCUUGCCUUCCCACCUACAUAUAAUUUCUAUUUUUUCCGAUGGGCUAGUAUUUUAUUUUCUAGAUGGCACUGCAGUGUGCAGAAUCCAUGGCCAAGUAUCAUCUCAGCUCUGGCCUUCAUCAACUCUUGAAUGCUGGUUUCUUGCUGCUAGUUUUCUCUUCUAGCCAUUCUAACGGCUAUGGCCCGAGUAACUAGUUCUUUUCUCUCACCUUUCUGAUCGAUUUCUUCGAAUUAUUUAUUUCUGACUUUCUGCUAACGAAUCCGAUGGCAAUAUUAGUUAACACCUUAUUACUGGUCAGGGCUUGUCCACGGUCCAAGGUCUUCCUAUGGAACAUCAA